UGGCGGUCGCCGGAUAUUCCGUUGCCAGGGUAGCCGCGUCCUGGCGCUCGGCGGUUCCCGGGCCCGGGGGGGAGUUUGGCGCCUGGCAGAGCCCGGGGUGGGAGGCUGGCUGGCUGGCGGCGGACCAUGUUCGCGUUUGUCCGUUUCCUGGAUGAUAACGUGUGCUACGCGCUGCCUGCGGCCCGGGUCCGGGGCUUCCACCCCCGCUCACACACCGACUUCGAUAACCGCAAGGUGUACUCCGUGUACCGCCACUCCGAGGGGGAGCACCCCGCCAGCAACCGGCCUUCACAGCCCGCACAGAUACUGGCACUGGCAGAAAACAAAAGCGAUCUGGAAAACAGCGUAAUGCAGAAGAAAAUCAAAAUUCCCAAGCUGUGUUUGAAUUCCUCAAAUGAUUCGUGGGAGUUUAGAGCAUAUGAAGUUGAGGAGGAUUCCGAGCACAGACAUAUUAAAAAACCUGAAGGAAGAAAACAAGUGGAAGGAACUCACAAGAGUAUUGAAGCUGUUGUCGCAAAACUGGAAAAGCAGAAUGGUGUGGGCCAAAGUCACGAUACCAGUUGCAAAGUAAGCUUCCUGGACUCAUGCCAAGCCACAGGUCACAUGAACGGACUGGAUGAGGCAUUAGUUCCGAGAGCCUUGUACGAAGAGUUACUGAGGAGUUACCAGCAGCAGCAAGAGGAGAUGAGACACAUUCAACACGAACUGGAGAGGACUCGGAGGCAGCUGAUUCAACAGGCAAAAAAACUGAAAGACUAUGGAACGUUAGUCACCGAAGUCAAAGAACUCCGAGUCCUCAACAGGAGACUUCAGGAUGUCUUGCUUCUACGACUUGGCAGCGUCUCUCCCUGGAAUUACAGAUCAAAUGGAGUACACAACUCCUCUCCGAUGGGCAUAGGAGAGGAAAUUAAUGAUGUCAGAGGAACACACGAAGACCCAGCCAUGGACCUGGAAAGUGAAAAGCCUGAGUAUCAGGACCCUGAACCCGACAUACAAACAACAACAACUACAGAUGAAGCAAAUACAUCCUUUUUCUACCCCACACCAGCUCCUGUACAGGACAAAUAUAUACUAGAGAAUGGAAAGGUUCACUUAGGCAGUGGUGUGUGGAUAAAUGAAGAGAAGUGGCACCAACUCCAAGCAACACAGGGUGACUCAAAGUACACAAAGAACCUUGCGGUUAUGAUCUGGGGCACAGAGGUCCUGAAAAACAGAAGCGUCACCGGGGUGGCUACCAAAAAGAAGAAGGAUGCAGUUCCUAAACCCCCUCUCUCACCUCAAAAACUGAGUGUUGUCAGAGAAUGUAUGUAUGACCGAAUAGCACAAGAGACAAUGGAUGAAAAUGAAAUUGCCCAGAGGCUGUCCAAAGUCAACAAAUAUAUCUGUGAAAAAAUAAUGGACAUCAAUAAAUCGUGCAAAAACGAAGAGAGACGAGAAGCAAAGCAUAGUGUGCAAUAAACUCUGGUGAUUUUCUACGGUCGGGGUGUGUUUUUCCUCAUCGUGACAAUGACAAAACAAAAACAAUAUGUGCAGAGCCAUAACCAAAAUAAUCGGUUUAAUGCCUUUUUCAGCACUGGAUCUGUACAGCUAGCGGUCUGCAUAUUGACAGUUUGCGAGUAUUUGUCACAUAUUACUGACUAGGAAACUUUACGUACAUGCGACUCCAUUCUCAAAAUAUCUUCCUCAGCUGUUUUGUACAUUUUAUUCAGUAUGUGAUGUUUCUCUUUUUGUUUUUUGGCUAAAUUAAUAUAUUAGAAAUUAUGCCAAAAUGUUACAUUUUGCCUUGUGGCAUCUGGCCUGCAAAUAGUGAUGUACUGUGACUUUUCUUCUUCAAAAGCCAUGGAAUAUUCACGGUUCUAUUUUGUAGAGGUUUGUACGUCUAGAGAUGGGAAAAAAGAUAACAAAUUAUCGCAAUCCCGCUAGAGGUACACGGUCAUCAGAAAUGAUCUAUACACCAUAGUAUAACACUUUGCAGACUAUCUAUACCUUGCUCAUACUUUGAAAUUUUUUUUUUUAUUAUUUUUUUUUUUUUUUUUUUACUGAACUAAAAAUAUCUGUUUAACCCCCUGUUUUCCUUGGCACUGUGGACACACAGCAUUUCUAAAAAUUCCAAUGUACCUAAAUGGAUCUAAAUAGUUUAAAAUAAUGUUUAUUUCCAAGAUGGCCACCUUCAUGCUGAUGAAUAGUCAAAUAAUGUGUCAAAAGUGAUAAUCAAAGUGGUAGUACACCUUACAUGAAAUUAAUUAUUUGCUUAAGCAUUUUGAUUUAUGUUUUAAAAAUGCCAGUGACGGUGACAUGUUAAUACAUCCUUUCCACCUGCUGCUAAUUUGUUUUCAUGGCAUAUUUCUCUUUUAUAUGUGUCAAAUUUUCUGAUAUAUUGAAGGGUGCUUUGUUUGUUCAUACCUCGUCUUCUGGUGUAUUCAAUGUAAAGCACUUUGUAGUGAAUUGUGGUGUAUGAAUGUCAAUUAAAUGCGGUAAUAUAGUUCGCAAUAGCCCCUCUGGCGGGGGGGGGCGGGGGAUUAACUUAUUUCAAGAAUUUUAUAAUUUUGUUUAACU